CUGAGAUGCGACAGAAAAUGUCCAAUAACCCAGCUCGUGUUUCUGCCUAACCUUUUUCCUUUCCCACAACCCUCAGAUGAGAGCUUCCUAAGCACAAAUUAGAUAGCAACUCCGGAACUAUCACAAGUGGGGACAAGACACGAAAUUCCUAACAGUCGAAUAAAGUAGACUUUUGUCUCAUUGAGUAUUUAUGAAUUGAUAAGGAUAUCUUGAUGAUAAGAUAAAACGCUUCUUCAUCAUAAAUAGUUCGUGUUUGAAUUAUAUAGUAUAUCAUAACUAUUUGAGUGGAGGAGAAAAUAUCCAACUUCCGGCCUAUACUAAGGGGAUUUUCACACGUUAGAAACAUUUUUAAAUACGAUCAAUUUUCAAACGGAGAAGUGAGAUACACAACUUCAAAUGGAAAUUUAUUUGUCAAUUGAUGAAGUUUGAUGUUACGAGUUAAAAACUGAUGAUUUUUUUGAAUAAUGAUUCAAUUGUUUACGACGCUAUGAAGAGUUUAUUCAAAUAUGCAAAAUUAUUAAUAUUGACAGAUUUAUCGCCAACAAUAAAGAUUUUGAGAAAAUACCAAACCAAUUAGUUUACUUGAUGCACUUCCGGCAGGACUAUUGCUUAUUCCCCAUUUGGCUGUAAAUUUUGGUGUUUUGGGAAGGUUUGAACAAUCUAGCCUCAAUUUGUUAGAAUUCCUGUGCAAUGGAUAAAAUCUUGUCAGUUUUUGGUUCAAUACCAAACCUUAAGAGUCAUUACGAUGACGAUUCAAUCGAUAGACUCUUCCAUAAAUAUACAACAACGAUGCUAGCCGCUUUUGCCAUUGUUGUAUCAACGUCCCAAUUUGUUGGUGAUCCAAUACAUUGCUGGGUUCCCGCUCAUUUUUCCGACGGUUGGUUAGAAUAUACAAAUAGCUAUUGUUGGGUAAAAAAUACGUAUUAUAUUGACUUUGAUAAAAGAUUACCGGCGGAGAAGACAAACGAAAUAUCCUAUUAUCAGUGGAUACCUAUUAUAUUUUUACUCUCAGCUCUAAUAUUCUAUUUACCAGUUAUCGUUUGGAGGAUGAUGAAUUCUAAAUCCGGUAUAGAUAUUCAAUCUUUAGUUCAAGAGAAUGAUAAUGAAUUACAAGCUGAACAAUUGAAAAGAUAUCUUGAUGCUCAAGAAGAAUUAUUGAUCAGGAAAAAGGCAAUUUCCUGUAAUAGAGUUUUUUCAUUCUGCUGUUUGUGCAAAGAGAAGAGUAAAAGUUAUCUAACUGUUCUCUAUAUCAUUGUUAAGAUAUUGUACUUUAUUGAUGGUUUAGGGCAAAUGUUCCUUAUGAACCUUUUUCUGGGUUAUAAAUACAAUCUAUACGGAUUUGAAAUUAUAAGACAAUUGUGGAAUGGUAACGAACCGAAUUCUCCAAGAUUUCCAAAAGUUACGCUGUGCGAUUUAAAGAUAAGAAGAUUAGGGAACGUUCAUCCUUAUACUGUUCAAUGUGUUCUUUCUAUUAAUUUAUUCAAUGAAAAAAUGUUCAUUUUUCUAUGGUUUUGGAUUGUUUUUUUAUUAAUUUUGCAGGCAAUUUCAACAGCUAAAUGGUUAAUUAAAUCAUUAACUAACUCAUAUGAUUAUAUUAAUAAGCAUAUUAAACUGGAGGACGAAGAUAAAAUAAAGAAAUUUCAACGAUAUUUAGGUAGAGAUGGAGUUUUUAUUUUCAGGAUUAUUGCUCUUAAUACAAAUCCUCUAACUGAACAUCAACUCUUUAGAACAAUCUGGCUAUCUUGGCAAAAGAAGAUAUCGCAAGAAAAACCGAAUCAAAGGUUUCUUUAUUAAUUUUUAAACAAUGGUUUUUCAAAGGAGGAUUAGGGAUAAUCCAACAGAAAGAGCGAGCUACAGGACAAUCAUAAUCCAGAUUAUUUUGAUACUAUGGCUAAUAUCCUCAAAAAUUGUAAUUGCCUUUAUUACUAAUUUAGUUCCUAAAUUUUUAUCCUAUACUACCAGAUGGCGCUGUGAACGAAUUUCUUGGUCUUUCAUUAUAUAACUUUAAAAAACUAUCUAAAAAGUCUUUACAAUACAUGUUUAACAGUUAAAAAUAAACUGGUACACAAUUCAACUUUUAAAA